AUGGAAAAUUCUAUGUGCCUAUUGAAAUCAUUAUCCUUCUUCAUUUUCUGUGCUUCAAUACCAGCCUUAGCAUCUUCACAAAAUCGAAUACAACUCAUUUCUUUAAUAUUUGCAAAUUAUAUUCUAACCACAAUGCCUCGUAGUUAUAUCCGAAAGAAGCAACCUCAUUAUUCCACUGCUGACCUGGAUAAUGCAUUGAAAUCUAUUCGGAGAAACACACUGACCGUAAAGGAGGCAUGGAAGAAAUAUCAUAUUCCACCAUCAACUCUCUAUGCACGUUUAUCUAAUCGUCGUGGAGAUGGAAAGUCCGGGGCUAAAACUAUCCUAUCAAAUGAAGAAGAAAAACUUCUUAUACAUAUCAUACAGAAGUUCCAAGAGUGGCAACAACCAUUGACUCGAUCGGAUCUUAUCUCAAUCGCACGUAAUUUUAUGAUGGAGCUCAACAAGACAAAUGUCACACCUAACUCUUCGUUACGAGAUUGGUUUCUUUGCUUUCGUCAGCGAUGGAUGAAUGAAAUAAAGCUGGUAGAGGCGUAUAAACUUGAAAAAAUCAGAUCAGUUUCGUGCACACAAUUAGUUGUUGAUCGUUGGUUUGAUCAUUUACAUAAAGUUUUAACUAAGCUACGCAUAUUUAAUUCACCUGAAGCAAUAUAUAAUGUGGAUGAAUCGGCUUUUGGUGAUGAUCCGGGUCGAAAACAAGUGAUUAUCAAACGAGAUUCAAAAUACGCAACUCGCACACAAGGUGGUUCAGGGAAAAGCUACACGACACUAAUCAUGUGUACAUCUGCAUCCGGAAAGUUUUUGCCGCCUUACAUUAUUUAUCGUGCACAGAGAUUAUUCGAUUUGUGGAUGCCAAAGAACAGCUACCCAGGUACACGUUUCAAUUCGACAACAUCUGGUUGGAGUGAAGAGCUCGUUUUUUACGACUGGCUUCAGUUUCAUUUUGUACCCAAUGUCAAAUCAAUUAAACGACCGAUUUUGUUGACAAUGGAUGGCCAUCGAUCUCAUUUAUCAAUCCGAAUAAUAAAAAGUGCAAUGGAUAAUGGGAUUCACAUCGAAUGUUUACCACCGCAUAGUACCACAAUUCUGCAACCGUUGGAUGUUCUAACUCUCUCGAAGCUUAAGCGAAGCUGGAGAAAACUCUUAUCAGAUCAGUAUCGAAAAACAAAUUCUGAAGCACUCACCAAACAGACCUUUGCACUUUUGAUAUCAGAUCUGUUUAAAAACCAUUUACUAGCUGGUCACUGUUCUGGGGGUUUCUCGAAAGCUGGUAUCUAUCCGUUUGAUAGACGCGCAAUCUCCAAAGAGAAGCUUCUCCAACCUGUAUCAACGCAAGACUUUGACGAAACGGCUGCUCGAGUGAGCACAACCGAUGAUGUGCCAAAUAUUCCACCAACUGUUAGUACCGGUCGUUCUUUACGUCGAUUAUCAUGUCCAAAUAUUUCUCGAAAUUUUUACUCACUAUCAGAAGAUACCUUGUCGCCAGUCGAGAGUAAUUUAGUAAUCAAUACAUCAACUAACAAUUGUAUCGAUACAAGUCUGUCAGCGGCUGUUUCUACGUCAUUAGAUAUCGGAAACGCAAUUGAUUCAUCUGACACAAGCUCAUCAAAAGCAAAUGAUCUUAUUCCUAUUUGUUAUGCUGAUCUUGCUGUCGAUAGCGAUCCAUCACCACCACCUACUACCAUUUCAACUUGCACCUCAAACACAGAUGUUUCAUUGAUACUAUCUGAUGCUAUGAAGAUACUUUAUUCUCGAAAUGAAGAAGAAAAGUUUCCUGGUAAUAUUAUUUCUUCAACCCAGCAGAAAGUAAUUAUUGAAAAACAUUUAGAAUCAAUUUAUUCGUCAAUCCCAUCAUUCGAUGUUGAUGCAUUGAAUACAAAUCCUUUAUCAGACAAAAUCGUCGCUGGUGAUUUCUCGCUUUGUCAACUAGGCACACAAGAUUUUCAAUCUUUUACUGUACACUCAUCAGCAACAUUCGAUACAAAUUCUGCUAUCUCGAAGAAUUCAACUAUCGAUGCUUUAACAAAAGCCAUAGACAAGUACAUGGCACCUGUAGUUACUGCAACUGGUCGAAAAAAGAAACAGGUGGGACGUCCAUAUGGCGAAAUUUGUUAUGCUGAUCUUGCUGUCGAUAGCGAUCCAUCACCACCACCUACUACCAUUUCAACUUGCACCUCAAACACAGAUGUUUCAUCGAUACUAUCUGAUGCUAUGAAGAUACUUUAUUCUCGAAAUGAAGAAGAAAAGUUUCCUGGUAAUAUUAUUUCUUCAAGUCAGCAGAAAAGAAUUAUUGAAAAACAUUUAGAAUCAAUUUAUUCGUCAAUCCCAUCAUUCGAUGCUGAUGCAUUGAACACAAAUUCUUUAUCAGACAAAAUCGUCGCUGGUUAUUUCUCCCUUUGUCAACUAGACAAUCAAGAUUGUCAAUCUUUUACUGUACACUCAUCAGAAACAUUCGAUACAAAUUCUGCUAUCUCGAAGAAUUCAACUAUCGAUGCUUUAACAAAAGCCAUAGACAAGUACAUGGCACCUGUAGUUACUGCAACUGGUCGAAAAAAGAAACAGGUGGAACGUCCAUAUGGCGAAAGUAUCACCAGUGUCGAUGCCUAUCUCAAAAUAAAGAAGACAGAGAAUGCCCGAAAGCGAAGGGUGACGAAAGAAAAAGAACCAAAGGCUAAAACAAAUUUGAAACAAGCUAAGAGCGCACGAAAGAAAACAGAAACGAAUGUUCUUAGCAAACCAGGAGAACUCGCAACCAAUACCACUGACUUCAAUAACAAUUCUUAUCCUUCAUUUAUGAAUGCAUCAAGUUCUCAUCAUCAACAAACAUAUCAUUUUCCUUCACCCAUUUCGUACGUCAACAAUAUGUCUUCUUUUAACAAUUUUUCCAAUUCCUAUUAUCAACAAACGACUGAGAAUCAACCGAAUCCUUAUAAUCUCAGCUACCCGAUUUGUUACAAGUGUGAUAGGCAGGUUUAUUUUAGUAGUGGUCAAGGUUUUCGAUGUUACUCAUUAAUUACUAUCAUCAAUGCGAAUACUGCUGCCUUACUUCUACCGUCAAUAUGUGUUCUUAAUCAUACAGGAAUUUCGACUCAACAGUCUCUAGUGUUCGAAUCCUUGCCUCAACAACUGGCAUACGAAUACUUUCUCAUGAAUGUCAUGUGCAGUAUUUCUUUAUUCUAUUCAAAUUAA